AUGAAGGAGAAAGAAAAAAUGUUGUUUUUGGGAUUUUUACAUAGAAUUAUUUUCAUGAUUUUGCUAUUUGUGCCAACUUUUUUCAAUGGAGUAGAGAGUCUUCAUAGAAUUCUUUUGGAUACAGAUGUGGAUACUGAUGAUUUCUUUGCUCUUUUCUACAUUUUGAAGCUUAAUAGAUCAGAAAUUGAUUUGAAGGCUGUAACUAUUGGCACAAAUGGAUGGACUGAUUCAGGACAUGCUGUAAAUCAAGUGUAUGAUAUGCUUUACAUGAUGGGACGUGACGAUAUUGCUGUUGGUAUGGGAGGUGAAGGAGGAAUACUUCCCAAUGGUACCAUUCUUCCUGACGUUGGUGGAUAUCUCCCUUUAAUUGAUCAGGGAGAUGCUACAGCUGGAUAUUGUAGAUAUAGACAAGCUGUACCUGUUGGUCUUGGAGGACGCUUGGAUAUCGACUCAAAUUAUGGAUUCCGAAAGAGCUUCCUUCCACAGGGCAAGAGACAGUAUUCUCCUCUUAGACAGCCAACUGCUCAGCAAGUAAUGAUUAACACAAUUUCUUCAGGGCCAACCGUUGUUUUCCUCCUUGGAUCACAUACAAACUUUGCAUUAUUUCUUCUAAGUAAUCCACAUUUAAAGAAAAAUAUUGAGCAUAUUUACAUAAUGGGAGGUGGUGUAAGGUCAAAGAAUCCUACAGGGUGUUGUCCAAAGAAUUCAACCUCUUCUUGCCAACCUCGACAGUGUGGUGAUCGUGGUAAUUUAUUCACAGAUUACACAAGCAACCCUUACGCAGAAUCCAAUUUGUUUAUGGAUCCUUUUGCUGCUUACCAGGUGAUUCAUUCUGGUAUUCCAGUUACUCUUGUCCCAUUGGAUGCCACAAACACCAUUCGUAUAACCGAAGAGUUUUUUGAGACCUUUGAGAAGAAUCAGCACACCUAUGAGGCACAGUACUGUUUCAAGUCCCUGAAAAUUGCUCGUGAUACUUGGUUUGAUGACCAAUUCUAUACGAGUUACUUUAUGUGGGACUCAUUUAUGUCUGGAAUAGCUGCUUCAAUCAUGAGGAAACAACAAAACUACCAAGGAGAAAAUGAAUUUGCAGAAAUGGAGUAUAUCAAUAUUACUGUUGUUACUUCAAAUAUGCCGUAUGGGAUAUCUGAUGGAUCAAAUCCAUUUUUUGAUGGACGUAGAACUCCCAAGUUCAACUUGGAAAGAAAUGGAGUUCACAGUGGUCAUGUUCAGACUAGACUCCGUGAUCCAUUUUGUGUAGUCAAGAAUGGGAUGGGUAAAUGCCAGGAUGGUUAUACAAAAGAAGUUGUUGGGCUAAGUGGAGUGCCUGUUCGUGUUGCUGUAAGAGCAAAGCCUAAUCAAAAUCCUAAAAGUGCACUAGACAGAGAAUUUUUUGUUAGCUUCCUGGAUGUCUUAAACCAAAGAGAAAAUUCAGGAUUAUUCAAUUUUUCUACACAAUUUCCUCAUUACAGAGGAGAACUCCGCAAACCAGAUUUCAGGGGCAAGCAUCUCGGGAAAAAUGUUGUGUUUGAUAUGGAUAUGAGUGCUGGAGAUUUUAUAGCUCUCAUUUAUCUCCUUAAAAUACCAGUUGAAGAAAUUAAUCUCAAGGCUAUAAUUGUGAGUCCAACUGGCUGGGCAAAUGCUGCAACAAUUGAUUCUGUCUAUGAUUUGCUUCAUAUGAUGGGUCGUGAUGACAUCCCCGUGGGCCUUGGAGAUGUGUUUGCAAUGAACCAGUCUGAUCCUGUUUUCUCUGCAGUUGGUGACUGCAAGUACAACAAGGUUAUACCACAAGGAAGUGGUGGAUUUCUCGACUCAGACACUCUUUACGGAUUAUCUCGUUCUUUGCCUCGAAGUCCUCGCAGAUAUACAGCGGAAAAUUCAGUGAAAUUUGGAGCUCCUAGGGACACUGAUCAUCCUGAACUCAGACAACCUCUGGCACUAGAAGUAUGGGAGUCAGUGGUGAAAUCACUUGAUCCAGGAUCCAAGGUUACCAUUUUAACCAAUGGCCCAUUGACCAACAUAGCAAAGAUUGUUCUCGCAGGAAAAAAUAUGACCAACGCCAUCCAGGAUAUAGUAGUUGUCGGAGGGCACAUCAAUCAUGACAAUACUGAUAAGGGAAAUGUAUUCAAUGUUCCCUCAAAUAAAUUUGCGGAACUGAACAUGUUUCUUGACCCUCUAGCAGCAAAGACAGUUUUGAGUUCAGACCUCAACAUCACUCUCAUUCCACUUGGCAUACAACGGAAAUUCAGUGCAUUCCCUACGAUUCUUAAAAGACUUCACCUAACUAAGAAGACACCUGAAGUAAUUUUUGUGAAGCGUUUACUGUCAACGUUACAUCAGCUGCAAAAGACACAUCCUAGAUACAAGCAUAUGGAUGUAUUUGUUGGAGAAAUCCUUGGAGCAGUAAUUUUGGCUAGUGAUUAUAAUGUACUGAAAUCAACCUUUGAUGUCAAGAAAAUUAAAGUCUCCGCCACGGGGUAUGAAUCUGUAGAUGGACAGAUAAUUAUCGACGAAAAGCAAGGGAAAUCAGUGAAAGUAUUGGAGAAUUUGGAUCAUUCAGGUUAUUACAAAGUUUUUGCAAAUAGACUAAGUGAAGAGAAGCAGUCAGCUGUAGUUGGAAGCUUUAAUAAGCAGACAAGACUUUGAAAUUAAACUGCCAAUUCAUUUGUAAUCAGAUAAAAUAGGCCCAAAAAUUGCCUUUUUUAAGCCUGUAUUUUAAAAAGAGCAACUUUCACAUAUA